CCCAGGCACUGUCUCCAGAAACUACAUGCCUAACCAAGAAAUCCAAACUCCUUACCUUGACUUACAAAGUCCUAAAUGCUCUGGCUCUUGCCUUCCUCUGCGACCUCCUGUUACACCACUCUCCCCAGCGUUACUGGCCUUUCUGUUUUUCCAAAUUUGCAGGCUCAUUUCCACCGGGUCCUUUACACAAACGGUUUCCUCUAAUUGCAAUGCUCCUCUCCUAGUUUUAAAAAAGUUGACUUUGUGUCAUUCAUCUCAGCUCAGAUGUCACCUUAUUAGGACAUCCCUGACCAUCCAGUUAAAAGGCCACCUAGUCUCUAUCACAUUACCCUGUUUCAGUGCUCUGAAGGACUUUUAUCAUAAUUUUUGUUUUCUUACAGACAUCAUUGCCCACCCCCCAGUAGAUUUAAGGGUUAUCAGAUCAGGGAGCUUGUCUCUUUGGUCACCGGUAUGUCCUGAGCCUUGGAAGGAAGGGGCCUCACGCAUGUUGAAGACUCAACGAAUAUUUGUUGAGUAUGAAAGAAUGACUCGGAUGAAAAAAACGAGAGCAAGCAGCCAGCAGUGUGGGAAAAUGGCGAUGAGCCACUCGAUGAAGGAACGAACAAUCUCGGAGAACAGCCUGAUCAUCCUGCUGCAGGGCCUCCAAGGCCAAGUAACCACUGUGGACCUGCGGGAUGAGAGUGUGGCCCAUGGACGCAUAGACAACGUCGAUGCUUUCAUGAACAUCCGCCUAGCCAACGUCACCUACACAGACCGUUGGGGGCAUCAGGCUGAGCUGGAUGACCUCUUUGUAACAGGCCGUAAUGUCCGUUACGUCCACAUCCCAGAUGACAUGAACAUCACCAAGACCAUUGAGCAGCAGCUGCAGAUCAUCCAUCGUGUGCGCAACUUUGGCAGCCUGGGGCAAGGCCGGCGGGAAUUUCCCACCAAAAAGCAUAAAUGAGCCUGUCCAUUCAGCAGCCCUAGUCACCACUCAGGUUCCUCCAGAGUUCUACUGAGCCAACUGCCUGCUAUUCCUUCCUGUCUAGAACUUGGGAAGGGAGCAAGGCCAGUCCAGAAACUGGUAUCUGACAGACACCACCUAUCACAGCUGCCUUUCACAGGGUUCCACCUCCCAGAUUCACCCUGGAACCCAGAGUCCUAUUUAUCUGCGGCCUUGGGGUAGAUGACAAUCCUCUCUUCUGAUCAUUUGCAUCUGAAUUUCUGAUAUACUGAUUUAGGGAAUCUGUCAAGUAGUUUUCAGCCCUCUCCCAGUGAGGAUUAUUAAAUAUACUCAGCCUCAGCCACCUCUAAGUGUCCCCAUUUCUCUUGCAAUUGUGUCUGUUUUCUCAUAAAGUUUAACUUGGAUACAAA